AUGUGGUUUCUUCACGCUGAUUUUAUGAGAAUGAUUCGAGAUAGUUGGAAUGCUCCUUUAGUUAGGUCUCCGGCUUUUAUUUUUCCUCAAAAUUUGAAGCGGCUCAAGGUUGAGAUGAAGUUAUGGAAUCAGAUGGUUUUUGGUAAUGUUCAUGUUAAGCUUAAACAAGCGCAACUUAGGCUUGAGGGAGCUAUUCGGGUGACUGAUGAAGAUCCUUUCAAUGUUGAGAAACAAAAUCAUAUGAAGGAUGCGCAAGUUGAGGUGAAUGAUAUUCGCAUGCAUUUGGUGACAAUGUUGAAGCAGAAAUCUAGGAAUAAAUGGUUGAUGGAGGGGGCUAGUAAUACCAACUUCUUCCAUAAUAGCAUUCGUAUGAGAACGAGUUCUAAUACUAUUUCAGAGUUGGUUAAUGAUACGGGUAUUACGAUUACUGAUUGUGAUCAAAUUUGUGACAUGGUUGUUAAUUAUUAUCAAGCUAAGUUUAAUGGAAAUGAUUCAAUUUUGGAGAAUCCUCUUUUUGAUAUUGAACAUGACCGUAUUUCUGUUGAGGAGAGUAAUUUUAUGGAUCAGUUGCCUUAUGUGGAGGAGAUUCAUGAGGCCGUUUUUGACUUGGGAGCGGAUAGUGCUCCAGGUCCGGAUGGUUUUGCUGCUACUCGUUUGGGGAGUGUCCUGGGUAACUUGGUUUCGGAGGAGCAAGUGGCUUUUAUGAAGGGUAGAAAUAUCCAUGAGAACAUAAGUUUAGCUUCAGAAAUGGUGAAUGAACUUCAUAUUAAACGUAAGGAGGGUAAUGUGGGGUUGAAACUUGAUAUUACUCAAGCUUUUGACACGGUCAGCUAG